AUGGGCGUAAAGUUAAUACCACUCAUCUAUGAUAUGAUAUCGAUAAUGUUCGAUAACAGAUGUAAUUAUAAAGAACAGAUAGCGGUAGUGUGUAUGUUGCGUACAUCACAAUUUGGAGAAAACUUCUUUUUUCUUUUUUUUUCCUCUUUUUUUCUGAGAAUUAGUUCGUUCGUCACAAUCAUAUCAAUUAGUUUUUAUUUGAAGAUGGAUCUUGAGAACAUAGAUCUAGCAUCAGCGAAAAGGGUAAUUAAAGAUUUGGAAAGUCAAUUAGAACAAAUUAAAGAAUUAGGGGAAGAAUAUGAAAUACAGUUAGAGCAGACGAUAGAGAAUUUGAAAGAAGAACUGAUUAACAAAGAAUCGCAAAUAGAAGGUAAUAAAAAACGAAUAACUGCUCUCGAAAUACAAGUUGAUGAUUUAGAAAAUGAGAAGAAUGUAACUAACAAUAAGUUGCAAAAUUGUACAGUUGAGAAUGACAAACUAAUGGAACAAAAUAUCCUAUUGGAGCACGAGCUUUCGGACCUUAAAGAAUUGAUGCACCAUUUAGAAGUGAAAAAAGGAUCCAGUUUUAAGAAGGCCAUUCGGAUGGAAAAUGAGUCACAACUUAACUUGAUGAAAGCGGUAGAUAUAAUAGAACCAUUUCAAAUAUCUACAUCUGGGUCUGGGUUGCAUAUCAAGACAUUGGGUCGGGACUCGAAUAAUAGUGCACGUAUCCAAAUAACGAAUUCAACUGUACUUUCUACGACGUCAAGAAAGCCUAGCAUCAAUUGA